CAGUGACUCACACUCUCACUCUCCCUCUCCCUCCCUUUAUCAAAGAAGCAACACACAGAAGCAUAAUGCAAGCAACCAUAAUGCCUUCCAUCACCAGAGCUCUCUUCAUCCUCACACUCCUCUCCCUCUCCUCACUCUCCGCCUCCGCCCAAAAUGAAGGCCUCUCCAUGAACUUCUACAGAGACUCCUGCCCUCAAGCCGAAGAAAUCAUCAAGGAGCAAGUCCAGCUCCUCUACAAGCGCCACAAAAACACCGCCUUCUCCUGGCUCAGGAACAUCUUCCAUGACUGCUUCGUCGAGUCGUGUGAUGCGUCGCUGCUGCUGGACUCAACGAGGAGGGUGAUGUCGGAGAAGGAAGCAGACAGGAGCUUCGGGAUGAGGAAUUUCAGGUACAUCGAGAACAUCAAAGAAGCUCUCGAGAGAGAGUGCCCUGGCGUCGUCUCCUGCGCUGAUAUUCUCGUGCUUUCCGCCAGAGAUGGCAUCGUCUCUGUGGGAGGGCCCCACAUUCCGUUGAAGACAGGAAGAAGAGAUGGGAGAAGGAGCAGGGCGGACAUACUAGAGCAGCAUCUUCCCGACCACAACGAGAGCAUGAGCGUCGUCCUCGACCGGUUCGCCAACAUCGGGAUCGACACGGCCGGGGUGGUGGCGCUGCUCGGGUCCCACAGCGUGGGGCGCACGCACUGCGUGAAGCUCGUGCACCGCCUCUACCCGGAGGUGGACCCGGCGCUCAACCCGGGGCACGUGGAGCACAUGCUGUACAAGUGCCCGGACGCGAUCCCGGACCCCAAGGCCGUGCAGUAUGUGAGGAACGACCGGGGGACGCCCAUGAAGCUCGACAACAACUACUACAGGAACAUCCUCGACAACAAGGGCCUGCUCAUCGUCGACCACCAGCUCGCGACCGACAAGAGGACCAAGCCCUACGUCAAGAAGAUGGCGAAGAGCCAGGAAUAUUUCUUCCGGGAGUUCGCCAGAGCCAUCACCAUUCUCUCCGAGAACAACCCGCUCACCGGGACCAAGGGCGAGAUCCGCAAGCAGUGCAAUCUUGCAAACAAGCUUCACUGACUAAUCUAAAUCUGUGUGUGUGAUCAGAUGUUUGGCAAGAAUAAGGAUGGUGGCAUGGCAUGUUUGAUUUUGUGUGUGUAUGAUGGAAGUAGUCAUUGUGAGAUGAUGUUCGGUUCUCUCUUUGCACCGAUGUGGGACAUUUGUAUGUUUCGUUUGCCAGCAGUGUAUGUAAGGGAUCAGAGGCGAUGGUGUAUGAUGGUGUUUAUCAAGUUA